AUGCCCAGUAGUACAGAUACUGCUGAUGAAGUUGUAAACUCCUGUAGUCCACCUAGGAAACGCUCUAAAAAAAGACAGCUGAGUGCAGAAAUGAAAGAGGUCAUUUUGAAUAUAUAUAAGAUGGAGCGCGAGGAGAACGAGGCAUCAACCAUCAAAGAAAUUGUUGUGAAGGUUUCUCACAAAGUUGGGGUAUGUCGCGCAUCAGUGUUUAAUGUGUUAAGACAAUACAAAAAAAAUCACACCUUUUCUGAGCCAAUGACCAGCAAACAUCGCAAAAGUAUUGUUAAAUCAUUGGAUGAAGCUGAUAAGCAUGCGAUUACGAGGAAAGUGCAUGAAUUCUUCUUUAGGAAUGAAAUACCUACUAUAGAUAAAGUACUGCAGGAGGUAAAUGGAGAUACAACGUUGCCAAAUUUCAAACGAUCAACUUUCCAUGCGUUACUGAAGCAUUUAAAUUUCAAAUUAAAAAAACGGGGUCGUAAUAGUUUACUACUGGAUAGAGAAGAAAUUGUGCUAUGGAGGAGGGAUUAUUUAACAAAAAUUGGGAAAUAUAGAAAUCAAAACAGGAAGAUUUAUUACCUUGAUGAAACGUGGGUAAACGCAGGACACACUACAAGUAAAGUAUGGGUUGAUGAUUCUGUAACUUCAUCCAGGAGGGCCUUUCUAGAUGGACUGUCCACCGGAUUAAAAAAUCCAGCAGUACUUCGAUUUCCAGGUAAAGGGAAAAGGCUCAUUAUCUGCCAUAUUGGCAGUGAGGAUGGAUUUGUUGUUGACGGUCUGUGGUGCUUUGAGUCUAAGAAAACUGGAGAUUACCACGAGAAAAUGAAUGGCGAAUCGUUUGAACAGUGGUUUUCAAAAAUUUUACCGAACUUAGAGGAAAACGCAGUAAUUGUGUUGGAUAAUGCGCCUUAUCAUUCUCGAAGAAUGGAGAAGGUCCCAACAACGGCUUCAAGGAAAGUUGAUAUCAAUCCAAUCCACAGCUUUGCCGAUGACAGCACUCUACAUGCAGGAAUUCAGAGUGACAAGCCGAUCUCGUCCGGGUAA